UGCAGUCUGGCAGGAGAGUGUGUAGGAAUAGAGGUUGUGGUGUUGCGGUAGCGUUGCUUUGCUGUCAGGCGGGACUUGCAGGGAUAGUGGGAGCAUUGCUUUGCUGUCAGGAGCGACAGCAUUAACAGGGUUGCUUUAAUCAGACGCGGCUGGUUCUACCACGUCCAGAUAUCGAAUUGUUUGUCUCUAUGUUGAGUUUGCAGUUUUAAGACUUUAGAUAUUACUGUGACUAAUACAAAUAAUGGAAUGUCAGCUGUAUCUCGGAAGCUGAGAAUCCUGCUUGUAGCAUCCUCAACACUGUUGUUAUUGAGCUGAAGAAAAACAUAAUAAUAACAAUACCUUUGCAUUGACCUUGGAGCUAAAAACAUAACAUUGUUAUUGAUCUAAAACAUUCGGAUUUACUGUACACCAGCUCAUCCUUUCAAAUGCAAAAGUAUGAACUAAGUUAUUCAUGUAGUGAAGAACCUUUGUCAGUAUCGUUUUUGUGUGUAUAAAUUAAAUGAUAGAAGAUACAAUGACUUUGUUGUCUCUCUUGGGUCGGAUCAUGCGUUAUUUCUUACUGAGACCAGAGACCUUGUUCCUGCUAUGCAUUAGCCUGGCCCUUUGGAGCUACUUCUUCCACACGGAUGAAGUGAAGACGAUUGUCAAGUCGAGCAGGGAUGCCGUGAAAAUGGUUAAAGGAAAGGUAGCGGAGAUUAUGCAGAAUGACAGACUGGGUGGUCUUGAUGUCCUGGAGGCUGAGUUCUCGAAAACCUGGGAAUUCAAAAGCCAAAAUGUGGCCGUGUAUUCGAUACAAGGCAGGAGGGAUCACAUGGAAGACCGCUUUCGAGUCAUCACUGAUUUGGUCAACAAGACUCACCCGUCCAUAUUCGGAAUAUUUGACGGCCACGGAGGAGAGUCUGCAGCUGAAUAUGUGAAGACGCACCUGCCUGAGGUUCUGAAGCAACAGCUGCUGAACUACGAGAAGGAUAAAGAGAAUAGUGCGCUGUCUUACCAGAGUAUCCUAGAACAACACAUCCUUUCAAUCGACAAAGAAAUGCUAGAUAAACUGUCUGCCUCCUAUGAUGAAGCAGGUACCACCUGCCUGGUUGCGUUGUUAUCAGAUAAAGAACUGACAGUGGCAAAUGUUGGGGAUUCACGAGGAGUGCUGUGUGACAAAGAUGGAAAUGCCGUCGCUUUAUCACACGAUCAUAAGCCCUAUCAACUGAAAGAAAGAAAAAGAAUCAAGAGAGCGGGGGGAUUUAUCAGCUUCAACGGCUCCUGGAGGGUUCAGGGCAUCCUCGCAAUGUCUCGGUCCCUGGGUGACUACCCCCUGAAGAACCUGAACGUCAUCAUCCCGGACCCAGAUAUUCUGACAUUUGACCUUGACAAGCUGCAGCCCGAGUUUAUGAUCCUGGCUUCCGACGGACUGUGGGAUGCUUUCAGCAAUGAAGAGGCAGUGCGCUUUAUCAAAGAGAGAUUGGAUGAGCCACAUUUUGGGGCCAAAAGCAUUGUAUUGCAGUCGUUCUACAGGGGAUGCCCUGAUAAUAUAACUGUCAUGGUUGUAAAAUUCAGAAACAGCAGCAAAACAGGAGACCAGUGAAAAUAUAUAUAUAUUUUUCACCCACUUGAGUUUUAAAGCAAGAACUAUGUUUGUAACAUUAUUUGCAAAGUAUUUUAGUGUUAUCUUAAUUAUUAGUAUGAUAAA